AUGAAAUUAGUAGAGUGGAUCAAAGCUUUGACCUUUUUCUUCCAAGUUCUUACUUUUUCUUUCCUUUUUUGUUUCCUUUUUCAUUCUUUUCUCUUUUUUUCUUUCCCUCUCCUCUCUUUCCCUCCCUUCCUUCUCUUAUUCCCCACCCAUCUUAUUUCCCUCCCUCUCUUCUUCCUAAUGGUAAAUUAUGAAGAUAUAGGUCAAGCUCCUCAAUGUGAUUACUUGAGAUCAGAGUAUGCUGAACUCAGAAGCCGAAGUAAUGGAAACCGAUCUGUGGCUUGGUCACCUGACGGGUCUUACUUUGCCUGGUCUUGUGGAAGAGGAUAUGUAUAUUUGUACAAAUGGGACAGCAAUCAAAAUAAAAUACUUAGAUCCAGUGCCGAUUCCAAGGCGACCUUAUCUAAACAACGGAUCUUUGACUGUGGAGAAAGUGUCUGGUCUCUGGCCUUCAGCACCUUGCCAGAACCAGAUUCUUCUAAACAAGAAGUUUCCAGCACCCAUUUCCGUCCGAGGCAUAUCAACUUCAAGAAAUACCUAACAUUAGCAAUUGGUGUCAAUUCGGGAAGGAUUCAACUCUGGAACUGCCAUAAUGGUAAUCUACUAUGUCUCCUUGAUGACCACACAAAGCUAGUUCGGUGUUUAAACUUUGCUCCUGAUGGCAGUCAAAUUUUAGUGUCUGGUUCCAAUGAUGGAACCCUUAAGCUCUGGGAUCUUGAUGAUGAUGGAAAUAUGACCCAUACUCUGCAUACACCUUUAAAAAAUAUUGUCUAUUGCUGCAAAUUCUCUCCAGGUGCCAGGUACUUAGCUGCCUGUGGUGAAAAACGAUUGGUUAUGAUCUGGAAAAUGAAGAAACCUUAUGAAAUUUUUCACAGACUUGCAGGCCACCAGAAUGAUGUGGUCUCCUGUGACUUUUCACCUGAUGGUGUCCUUUUAGCUACAGCAUCCUAUGACACGAGAGUUAUCAUUUGGGACAUUCAUGAAGGACGAGCUCUAAGAGAACUUGGUCAUCUCUUUCCCUCCCCCAGACCAAUAUUUGCCGGGGGUUGCAAUAGUUAUUAUGUCCGGUCAGUGACAUUUUCACGGUUGGGAACUUACCUUGGAACCGUGGCUGAUGAUGGGUAUGUGAGAAUGUGGAACUUGCUCUCCACGUCAGAAGAUCCGGAGUCAAUUGCAAUGGUCACAAAUGGCCUGUGCUGUGGUUUCAGUCCAACUGGUCAAGUUUUAGCAGUUGGAACACGUUCAGGCUGUGUUUAUUUUUACACAUCUCAACAGCGUGUGCCUUCCCUACAACACAAAUGCCGUCAAGUGAUCCGAAAACAAAGGUUGGCGAAUGCGUUUUUACCGGAUGAUAACAUGGAAGAUUCAGAUGAGUUGUGUCCAUCUGAUGGUUUGAAGCUAUCCGUCCCUUUUUAUCCACAGAGAUACAGUUGGGACUGUGGCCUAGCUUGUUCCUGUAUGGUUUUGCGGUUCUUGGAUAAGAACUGUAAUACAGUCUACUCCAGUGAUCUGAAAUGGCUGCAGUGUAAAGAAAGCGUGUGGACAAUCCAUUUGGCUCUGUUGAUGAAGCUGCAUGAUGUACGACAUCACUUUUGCACCAUAACUUUAGGAGUGGACAAAAAUUAUGCCAAGCAGAGUUAUUAUAAAGAUCACUUCAGUGAAGAUGAAAGACAAGUGAACCAAUUGUUUGAGAAUGCUGAAGAAAAGGGAAUUUCAUUGGAGAAAAGAUCUGUUGAAUUAGCUGAGAUUCUUGAACAUCUCCUUGAAGGAAACAUUCUUAUCUGCCUUAUAGACUACAGUGUGUUGGCCUGCACAGGCUGCUUUAAAGAGAAAGAGGGUUGUACAUUGUUGAAAUGUUUUGGAAAUUGCAUUAAUUAUUAUCAAGGACACUUCAUUGUCGUGUGUGGUUAUAAUAAAGUUAAGAAGUUGAUAUAUUACAUGAAUCCGAAUGAUUCUCAUGAAGAAAUAUGCAGCUGCAGCAUGGAACUAUUUGACAUUGCAAGAAAACGAUAUGGAACUGAUGAAGAUUUGUUAUUUAUUUACAAAGACUGA